CACGGCUGAGACUCUGCACCACGGCCAGCCGCAACCAGAAGGUACGGAGUUGAGGCUUCCUUAGCAGGGUCUUUGCUACACUUGGAGCAGUUGUCUGUUCUGCGACAGCUCUGGUGCAGAGACUGCAGACAAAAUGACGGCGCCUCCAAGACAGGACGUGAAGACAGCACUGCCGUUGUCCUUAGAAAGAUACCACAUUUCUGAAGAGUAUGGCUUUCUUCUUCCAAAUCCUCUGAAAGAACUUCCAGAUCAUUAUAGUCCUUGGAUGGAAAUUGCCAAAAAACUUCCUCACUUGAUUGAGACUCACCAGCUUCGAGCUCAUGUGAACAAGAUGCCCCUCCUGGACUGCCAGCUCCUUACCUGCCACCGGGCGCGGCGCCUGGCCCACCUGGUCCUCAGCUGCAUCGCCAUGGGGUAUGUCUGGCAGGACGGGGACACGCGGCCUGAGCAGGUUCUGCCGAGAAAUCUUGCCCUUCCUCUUGUGGAAGUCUCCAGGAACUUGGGGCUCCCUCCUAUCCUGGUCCACGCAGACUUGGUGCUGACGAACUGGACCAAAAGGGACCCAGCAGGACCCCUGGAAAUCAGGAACUUGGAGAUCAUCGUCUCGUUUCCCGGGGGAGAGAGCCUGCGUGGUUUUGUACUGGUGACUGCCCUGGUGGAGAAAGCCGCAGUGCCUGGGAUCAAGGCCCUUGUCCAGGCCACGCAUGCCGUCUUGCAGCCCAGCCAGGAUGCCCUGCUCCAGGCCCUGCAGCAGCUGAGACUCUCCAUUCAGGCCAUCACCAGAACCUUGGGACAAAUGCACGAUUAUGUAGAUCCAGACAUAUUUUAUGCAGUCAUCCGGAUCUUUCUCUCUGGAUGGAAAGACAACCCCGCGAUGCCCGCAGGGCUGACCUACGAGGGCGUCUCCCGGGAGCCGCUGAGGUUCUCGGGCGGGAGUGCGGCCCAGAGCACGGUGCUCCACGCCUUCGACGAGUUCCUGGGCGUUCAGCACAGCGCGGAGAGUGCGGACUUUCUGCACAGAAUGAGGGACUACAUGCCUCCUUCCCCAUAA